AUGAGAAAUCGAGCUAAAGGUCUCAACUAUCUGAUUGUCUUCGUAGCAGUUUUACAAGUUCUUCAGCUUCAUUGCAGUAUGGCUGAUGUUGUCAGUUAUGACUGGCGUAUUACGUCUCUCUACAGCGAAUAUGACGGAGUUUUCAUUCACUCCAUCGGCAUUAACGACAAACCUGCUGAUCAAGCUGUGAUUGAUGUUGUGCUGGGUCAAGAAGUAGAAGUCCGCGUGACAAAUCAAAUUGAUGAACCCUCAUGUUUACAUUGGCAUGGACUGAAGCAACUUGGUACCCAGGAGAUGGACGGUUCGUCCGAGAUUACACAAUGUCACAUUGCUCCAAACGGAACGGCAGUCUAUCACUUUCAACCUGAUAAAGCUGGAACGUUUUGGUGGCACAGUCAUCACAUGUCACAGUAUGCAUAUGGACUUCGAGGUCCUCUUAUAGUGCGUACCCCGGCAAACCAACAGCAAAGUUGGAUGAAGGACAUUGACGCCGAAUUUGUUGUUCAAAUGGCGGAUUUGUAUCAUCGAGAGCCGCUACAAGUGCGUAUGUGGGAUAACAUUCUCAUCAACAAUCGUGGUCGGUACAGUUGCGUUGCUGCUGCUCAUCACAAUUUCACAAAAUGUACCGACAACCAACCACUUUCAAAAUUACACUUUCAAGCUGGUCAAAAGUAUCUCCUCCGUCUUAUUAACAUGGCUGCCUUAUCUCCCAUUGAAUUCAGCAUUGAUGGCCAUGAUUUCCAAGUUGUUGUAGCUGACGGUGACCAACUCCAGCCUUCCGAAUUUAUAAAUUCAGUCACUCUUAACACUGGCCACCGAUACGAUAUCAUUGUUGAAGCAAAAUCUCCAGCUCAUCAGGAGGCCAUGGGCUCUUUUUGGAUGCGUGCAAAUGGACUACACGGUUUGCCGUGGACUCGAGGAAACGCUACGACCGCUGGUGAGGGUUACACUUACGAAGGUCUUGCUGUGAUUUCCUACGAAUCGGGAGGCGAGAUUGGUGCAACAUCACUAACGAAGCGGGACGAAGUCUAUCCAACCUCUACGAAGCAAGAGAAGCUGACAACGGUCAGUGAAUUUGACUUUAAACCACAGCUACCAAUCGUGCUUCCAGAAAUCCCGGCAGACCGAGUCGUUGUCGAGUUUAAGAUGGAAAAUGGUCUUGGUCAUAUUGCUAUUGACGGAGGACAGUAUCAUCACUUUGUGCACCCGACUGAAGCUCCACUCUUUUCGAUCGCAAAAGGCUUGACAACUGAGCAGCUUCCAGUGGAAGCCAAUGCUCGUAAAAUUGAGUAUGGCAAGCACAUUGAAGUUGUCCUUGUCAACAUCAAGGAUGAACAACAUCCAUUUCAUAUGCAUACCCACUCGCCGUGGGUUGUAGGCUGCGGUGUAGCGUCUAUUGAACACGUUCGGAAAAAAAUUCUACCGAGUCCAAAACUGAUAAACCCGAUGACACGCGACGUGUACACAGUGCCACCUUGUACAUCCGAUAAUAACGGAGGUUGUCUCGACGUCGGAUACCUAGUAUUACGAUUUAACGCUGACAACCCGGGGGUGUGGAUUUUUCACUGCCACAUUGACUGGCAUCUGGAAGCUGGACUCUCAAUGAUUUUCGUCGAAGGUGAAAAGGAAUUACGACAAAAGGGCCUCAAAGCUUUCUCCAACUCGAUUCUUAGUGUCUGCAGCAGCAACGAUGAGAAUACGUCGCCCUACUUAAAGAAAAAGCAUGGCCACAGGACAUACACGGAAAAUUAUGGAUCAGAGAGUAAUUUACAGGGACACUUUGCAGACGAAUAA